AGCGCGGCGCGGCAACCAAUGGGAGUGCGCGUUGCUGGGCGGUGGGCGCGGGACGGGCUGGCAGCGGCGCCGCCAUGAGCUCCAUCGGCACCGGGUAUGACCUGUCAGCUUCCACGUUUUCUCCAGAUGGCAGAGUGUUCCAAGUGGAAUAUGCUAUGAAAGCUGUGGAGAAUAGCAGUACAGCAAUUGGGAUAAGAUGCAAAGAUGGAGUUGUGUUUGGAGUAGAAAAAUUAGUCCUGUCCAAGCUCUACGAGGAGGGCUCCAAUAAACGCCUCUUCAAUGUCGACAGGCACGUUGGGAUGGCCGUGGCCGGGCUCCUGGCUGACGCGCGCUCCUUGGCAGACAUCGCCCGUGAAGAGGCUUCCAACUUCAGGUCUAACUAUGGCUAUGACAUCCCCCUGAAGCAUCUUGCAGACAGAGUGGCCAUGUAUGUGCAUGCCUACACCCUGUACAGUGCUGUCAGGCCUUUUGGCUGCAGUUUCAUGUUGGGGUCCUAUGAUAGUGAUGAUGGUGCACAACUGUACAUGAUUGAUCCAUCAGGAGUUUCAUACGGUUAUUGGGGUUGUGCCAUUGGUAAAGCCAGGCAGGCUGCAAAAACAGAGAUAGAAAAACUCCAGAUGAAGGAAAUGACCUGCCGUGAUGUUGUUAAAGAAGUUGCAAAAAUAAUCUACAUAGUUCAUGAUGAAGUAAAGGAUAAAGCUUUUGAGCUGGAACUCAGCUGGGUUGGAGAAAUAACCAAUGGAAAACAUGAAAUUGUUCCCAAAGACAUCAGAGAAGAAGCAGAAAAAUAUGCCAAGGAAUCUUUGAAAGAGGAAGAUGAGUCAGAUGAUGACAAUAUGUAACACAUUGUUACUCCAAAACAAGUCCAACUUUUCUUAUCUUAGACCAGGUUUGUUUAUAAUGCAUUAUGCAUGGAAUGCUGUUGUGUUCUUGUUGGAAGAAACCAACUGACCAACUUGCACUAAUAAAUUUUCCAUUUUACUGUCUGUUAGCUUUUAUUUCAAAAUGUAUAGGCCAGCAACUGUAUCUAAGGAGACAUUAAAAAGUAAAGACAUUAUCAGGCU